AUGUCGCUGACAUUACAACUCAUCGUAACCUGCCUCGCAAAGCUCCCCAAACCAAUCCGUGAAGCCAUCCUGCCCGACAUGCGUAUCCAUUCUAUCGCCAACGAUCCCACAAAAGUCCAGCUCUCCCGCCCGGGACACAUCUACGUCGACCACCCGGACCUGGACGAGUUUGCCAGGUUCGCCGUCGACUUCGGCUUCGUCGAGGAGGCGCGGACCCAGGACACGAUCUACUACCGCGGCUACGGCAAGGACCCGUACGUCUACGUCGCGAGCAGGAGCAAGGACGGGAAGCCCAGGUUCCGCGGCGCGGCGUUCGUGGCUGCGUCACAGGAGGAGUUCGACAAAGCGGCCACGAUCGAGGGCGCAAGAAUCGGUUCGAUCGGGUAUGCCCCUGGCGGCGGGAGCAUCAUCACCUUCAACCGGCCAGAUGAGAUGUAUUUCCAUGUUAUUUUCGGACAAAAAGAGAGAGAGCCGGAGACACAGGAACCAUCUGCCACCCAUGAAGAGGUGGGACCUUUCAACAAGCCAUUCAGGAAGCCGAGGCAAGGAGCCUUCCAGCGAUACCAUCCCGGUCCCGCACUCGUCCACAAGCUGGGCCACUUCGGCUACGUCGUCCCGGACUUCGACAACGAGCUGGCGUGGUACACAAACCACUUCAACUUCGUGCCCUCCGAUAUCCUCCACCACUGGGACUUUGACAACAUGGACGUCAUGACCUUCAUGCACCUCGACCUCGGCGAGGAGUUCUCGGACCACCACUCCUUCUUCAUGCAGCGCGCGGAGCCGCACGUCAAGAAGGCCUUCUGCCACCACACCUCCUUCGAGGUGGCCGACUUCGACACGCAGCUGCUCGGCCACGACUGGCUCGCCAAGCGCGGGUGGCACAGCGUCUGGGGCGUCGGCCGGCAUGUGCUGGGCAGCCAGAUCUUCGACUACUGGGCGGACCCGAGCGGGUUCAAGAUCGAGCACUACGCGGACGGGGAUGUGGUGAACAAGCACACGCUGACCUCGAGAGACGUGGUGGGACCGUUUUCUAUCUGGGGUCCUGAGAUUCCAAAGGACUUUGGGGACAAAAUUCCGAAGGAUUGGCCGGUAAAGGAAUUUUGA